AUACACAAGUAUAAAUCGGGAGAAGAAGAGAUUUGGUGAGUUGGGGAAGAGAGAGAGAUGGCAGCUCAACAGGAGAGGGAAGAGCUCGACGAGAGGGCGAGGAAGGGAGAGACCGUCGUCCCUGGUGGCACCGGCGGGAAAAGCCUCCAAGCUCAGGAGCUUCUCGCCCAAGGGAGGAGCCGUGGAGGGCAAACGAGGAAGGAGCAGUUGGGGAAGGAGGGGUACCGGGAAUUGGGACGUAAAGGCGGUCUCGCCACGGGGGACAAGCCUGCCGGCCAACGCGCGGAGGACGAGGGCUUCCAGAUCGACGAGUCCAAGCUCAAUACCAAGACCUAAGCCCGUAUAAAAUGU